AGCAGCAUUAACAGCAGCAGUCGCCGCAGCGGCAGCAGCAGAAGCCAGCAACGACUCGAACGGGAGUGAAAAGCGUAUCUAUUUUUCCUCAAAGGAAAGCAAAAGAGAAGCCCAAAAAAAAAAAAAAAAGAAGAGAAUGCUAUACACACGGAAAAAUUGCAAUCAUUCAUUCACGGAAUAAACGCCGCAGCGAGUUCGAGUCCGGAGUCUCAAACUGUAGUUAAAUAUUCGCGCGUGCAAUUACGGCUGAAAAAAAAACAAAAAAAAAAAAAAGAAAAUACAUCAAAAAGAAAUUCAAAUAGAAAUAAUAUAAAAAAAAUAAAAGAAAAUUACGCUUUGCUGCACGCGCAACUGGAAUUUUUUUUUUUAUACCUCUGCGAAUGCCUAACAACAACAACAACAACAACAAACGAUUAGGAGCGGGCAGCAGCAAGAAUAAGCUCAAAAACUGUUGAAUAUAGAAUGACGUUGCAGACAAAAAUCAAUGUAAAAUAUAAAGCGAUAAAAGCAACAACAACAGCAGCAACAACAACAACAACAAGAACAAAGGCCAGUCUGCGCCGCCGUUGACACGCACGCACGCAUACAAAUAAACAAACAGACAGACACAUUCACACAUACACACACACGCACACAUACAGCAACACGCACGCACCAAAAAAGACGCGCAGCACACACACACACACACACACACACACACAAGCACAGCCGCACACUGAGACACAGGCAGCAGGCAGCAGGCCUAGCGCUGCGUGGGCGCAAAGGGAGCAGCAAGUACAAAAACAACAACAACAAGGAAUAGAGAGCAACAGCAGAAAGAGGAAGCAAACGCAAAAGCAGCAACAGCAGCAGCGCAGCAGCAGCAACAGCCGCUUAGAGCUGUGCAUUUACAGUUAAACAUAAACAUUUGCGAAAUUUAAGUGCCGUUCACACACAAUGAAGCCAUCGGAUUUGCUGCUGGUGCUGCAAAAGGUCAAGUUCAGGGUGCCAUUGCCGCCGGGCGUCAGCUCGACGACGCUGCUGCCGAAGCUCAUACGCACCAAGGAUGUGAAGCAGCUGCAGGAUGGCAAUGCACAGCCCACAAAGCCCAAGCUAACGAAAUGCCUAAAUACCCUGGACCUGACAUCGUUGGGCAUUGGGUCCUGCUGCGGCACCGGAAUGUACCUUGUUGCCGGUCUGGUAGCACAAAAGAUGGCUGGACCCGGCGUCGUUAUUAGUUUUAUUAUAGCCGCCAUUGCGAGCAUAUUCUCAGGCGCGUGCUAUGCGGAAUUUGGCGUUCGUGUGCCCCACACAUCCGGCUCGGCCUAUAUGUAUUCAUAUGUGGCAGUUGGAGAAUUUGUAGCUUUUAUAAUUGGUUGGAACAUGAUAUUGGAAUAUCUAAUAGGAACAAGUGCCUGUGCCUGUGCAUUAAGCUCAAGUUUUGAUUCAUUGACGGGCAAUGCCAUUGCGACUGCGAUGAGCGAGUCCAUUGGCACCAUAUUUGGCAAGCCACCGGACUUCAUUGCCUUUGGCAUAACGCUCAUCAUGACCAGCGUCUUGGCGAUGGGCGCCAGCAAAUCAGUUAUAUUUAAUCACACCCUAAAUGCCAUCAACCUGGCCACGUGGGUGUUCGUAAUGGCCGCCGGGCUCUUCUACGUGGAUACGAAAACGUGGUCGGAGCAUCAGGGCUUUCUGCCCUACGGCUGGAGUGGGGUGUUCUCUGGCGCCGCGACCUGUUUCUAUGCAUUUAUUGGUUUCGAUAUUAUCGCAACCACCGGCGAGGAGGCGCACAAUCCGCAGAAGAGCAUACCCAAGGCGAUUGUUGGAUCCCUCAUCGUUGUACUCAUUGCCUACGUGAGCGUUAGUCUAGUGCUAACUUUAGUCGUGCCGUAUGAUCACAUCAAUACGGGCGCAGCUCUGGUGCAGAUGUGGUCCUAUGUGAAUGCGCCCAAGUGCCGUGCGGUGGUUGCGAUUGGUGCCACAGCGGGUCUCUCUGUGGCCAUGUUUGGCUCGAUGUUUCCCAUGCCGCGCGUCAUCUAUGCUAUGGCCCAGGACGGCUUGAUAUUCAGGCAAUUGUCGCAUCUGUGGCAACGCACAAAUGUGCCCGGCCUGGCAACGCUGGGCAGCGGUCUGGCAGCCGCCCUGGUGGCGCUCACCGUACGCCUGGACAUACUUGUCGAAAUGAUGUCAAUCGGCACCCUGCUGGCCUACACUCUGGUAUCCACCUGUGUCCUGGUGCUGCGCUAUCAGCCGCACAGCACAUCGCUGGUGGAGCUGCUGCCGGCGCAGCUGCGUACGCCGCUGGCGCCGGGCACCGCAACGGAUCCGCAUGCGAGGCCAUCGGAGGUGCUGGAGCCGAAUAAGCUGACCAUAAAGCGUGUGACGCGCGGCAUGUCCGAUUCGGAUGAUUCGUUCAUUGAUGACAGUCCCGAGGGCUAUUUGGGCGGGCGCGAUGAUCAGUUUCUUGUCUCGGAUCGUUCCGAGAACAAGUUCUAUGGCAGCGUUCAUGGUGCGCCGACCGGACCAACCGGACAGGCAACCGCCUUCGAUACGAUGGGCCUGAAUUUUAUAACACGCAAAAUACACGAUUAUGCGUAUCUGUGUCCCGGUUUCUUUCCAUGGAUCAAUCCUGGUCAGGCGACCUCCGAAAGUGGCAUGUAUGUCACGAAACUAGUUGGAAUCAUGUUCGGUCUCAUAUUCUUCUUGGAUUUGUUCGCGGCCAUCGGUUGGUCCGGCGGCCUCGCCAUCUUCAUUUAUAUCAUUUUAUUUAUCGGCAUAUUUGUGAUAUUAUUGAUUAUAUCGAGACAACCACAGAAUAGAUAUGCACUCGCGUUUUUAACGCCAGGACUUCCAUUUAUUCCGGCUAUCGCAAUAACUGUUAACAUUUAUUUAAUAUUUAAGCUAAGCAUACUGACCCUCAUUAGGUUCACCGUCUGGAUGUCUCUCGGCUUUAUCAUGUACUUCUACUACGGCAUCACGCACAGCAGCCUCGAGCAGACCAGCGACGAGCUCGAGCUGCACGUGGACAAGGAUUACAGCAAAAACGUCGAUGACAAGGCCGUCUGGGACCAGCAAUCGUAUAACCAAACGCACGAGCCCGUCUGGGCCAGCAAGGAGAUCAAGCAGCCCUCAAAGCAACGUUAUAGCUACGGCAAGAGCUCCACAGCUGGCGGCCAGGUCGCCGCCAAGAAUGCGCCACCCAAUGCCGGCAAGUCCGGCAAGGAUGCGGAUCAGGCAGCAGCUGCGGCUGCGAGAACCGGCCCGGUGCCGUCCGGCAAUGCACGCAGCGCGACGGGCAGCGCCCGAAUGCUGGAGCAUCAGUAUACCGGGCAGUUCAGCAUGUUCGUGGACGAGGGUCAGUUCCCCACGUGGGAUGAUUAAGCAGUUCCAACCGUUAACAUACCUAAAAAAGCAUAAUAUAUAUAUAUAUAUAUAUAUGAAGAGUUAUAUAUAUAUAUAAACGACUUACCGUGUCCGACUACCUAAACGACCCACAAAUCGAAACUAACCUAACCAAAUGCGCGUAGAGCUGGCAACCAAGACCUGUAAAUAUGAUUAGACCUAUUAAGUUUAACGAUAUUAUCUAUAUAUAUAUAUGCAUAUAAAUAUAUAUAUAUAAACUAUAUACAUAGCUAAACAGUUACAUACAGUGCAGCCUCAAUAGUGAUUGUUUGUGCCAUUGAGGCUCCACUGUAUCGAUCUCUCGAACUCUUGAACUUAUACAAACAAAACUCGGCGUCUGCCACAUAUAUACAUAUACAUAUAUAUAUAUACCCAUGAAUAUAUGUAUACAUAUAUAUAUAUAUAUACUUAUACACAAAUAUACAUACAUAUGAUGAAAUUGAUGGAAAUUGUUGUAGAAACACGCUAGCGUGUGCAUACUGUACUCGAAUUCGACUGGCAACUCGAUAUUGGCUUUGGGUACUCGGGCUAUUUUUUUUUUUUUUUGGUGUUUUUUUUUUAUUGAUUUUCGAUUAUCGAUUUUCGGGUUAACGGUUUGCCAGUCGAAAUUGAGCAGAAGCUGAAGCGGAGGAGAAAACAAAUUGCAUAUUUUUGAGAUUGUUGAGCAUAAUUAGGGUGGCCAUUUAUUUGGGCUGCCAUAUUUAAGUAAAUACUAACUACGCACGCGUGCGUGUGCCCAUUGUACAACAACAAAAGAAGAUACAACCAAAAAUGCACGCACGCACGCACGCGCACGCACGCACGCGCAUGCACGCAAGCGCACGCCUAUAAGCAGGCUAUAUAUAGUAUGCAUGGAAAUGCAACGUCAGCCUUUUCGGGCAUAUUUAGCGUAUUUUUUUUUUUCGUGCAUUCGUAUAAAUAGAAAAAUGAAAAGGAAACAAAUAGCAACAAAUCUCUGCUGCAUAUAGAUAUAUAUCUACACAUAUAUAAAUAUAUAUCUAUUUAUAUAUAUAUAAAUUAUGAUUGUAUCGAUUCGAAUGUAUAUUGUAUUUAUGAUUAUUGACAUUGCCAUUAACAGUUAUUGUUACUAUAUGCAUUAUACGAUACGAUUACAAGUAUUACGAAUACUUAUAUUCGAUAUGUUUAUUGUUUCGACUACUCUAGAGGCUCGCGCUAAACUCAUUUUUUGUGCGGUAUUCGGUAUUUGUUGUAAUUUAAUAAUCAACCUUACUUACCACUAUUAAAAAAAAAAAAAACAAAAAUAUUUAAACAAAAAAAUGGAAGAAAAACCAAAGUAAAUCUUUACGACAAAUGCCAGAAAAUUUACGAUAUUUACUAACCGAACAAGCGAACUAUUCAAAUUCAAACAUUUAUAACAAA